UACAAAAUUAAACUUGAAAAUUUUUCACCAUUAGAGGGCGGUCGAUCGGUUCUCAUCCAGUGUGUGCUGCUCGAUCUUCAACGUGAUUCUAAACAUUGUAAAAAAAAAUAUUUAUUAAAUGGCAGAUUCUGCAAAAAAAGGGGCUCUAGAAGAGAAGACUGCUGGUAAUGAAGCCUAUAAAAAAAGAAACUUUGAUUUAGCAUUACAGCAUUAUGAUAAAGCUAUUGAAAUAGAUUCAACUGAUAUGACUUUUCUUACUAAUAAAGCUGCUGUUUAUAUUGAACAGAAAGAAUAUGAGAAAUGUAUAAAGGAAUGUGAGAAAGCUAUAGAAGUUGGUCGUGAAAACAGAGCAGAUUUUAAGAUUAUUGCAAAAGCUUAUGCCCGCAUUGCAUUAGCUUAUCGUCACUUGCAAAAAUUACAAGAAGCUAAAAUAUAUUAUCAGAAAGCCUUAGCUGAACAUAGGACUCCUGAAAUCUUAACUAAACUUUCUGAGGUAGAAAAACUUAUUAAAGAAGAAGAAAGAAAAGCAUAUAUAGAUCCUGAAAAAUCACUUGAAGAAAAAAAUAUAGGCAAUGAUUGCUUUCAAAAAGGAGAUUAUCCAACUGCUAUUAAACAUUACACCGAAGCAAUUCAAAGAAAUCCUGACGAUGCAAAAUUAUACAGUAAUCGUGCAGCUUGUUAUCAAAAAUUAGCAGAAUUUAGAAUGGCUCUUCGAGAUUGUGAAGAUUGCAUACGAUUAAAUCCUUCAUUUGUUAAAGGCUAUAUACGUAAAGGAAUGGCUUUAAUGGCAUUAAAAGAACAUGGUAAAGCUGCCGUGGCUUUUCAGAAAGCAGUCGAAUUAGAUCCAAAUAGUCAGGAAGCAGUAGAUCUAUAUCGCAAAUGUAGAUUAGCAUCUAAUGCAGAUCCUGAAGAAGUGAGACGACACGCAAUGGAAGAUCCAGAAGUUCAAAAAAUACUAGCAGAUCCAGCAAUGAGGCUUAUUUUAGAACAAAUGCAAAGUGAUCCAAAAGCAUUACAAGAACAUUUGAAAAAUCCAGACAUUGCUGCCAAGAUACAGAAAUUAUUUGAAUCCGGUCUGAUAGCGAUUCAUUGAUCAUUGUUGAAGACAUCCUAUUUUUUGCUAUAUUUAAUUUUAAUACAUCCUUUUAGGAAUAAAAUACAACAAAAGAAUGGCUUAGUUUUAUUAAUAGGCAAUUUAUAAUUUAUUGAUGAGAAAAUUAUUUGGAUGAGAACUGCUUAAAUUAAGAAUUAAGAAAACUGUCCAUUGUCAUGACUAACAAAUGCUGCAAUUGUUAAAGAAUGCAAACUGUACUAGUCCAUCAUAAUGUUAUAUUUAAAGUUUAUGUUCUUAUUUUAAGAAUAAGAUGUAAUUUUUAUUUAGAAAUUUGUUUUAAUAUGCUAAGAAAUAAAUUAUUUCUAAUAUACAUAUUCCGUCUGUAGUUUACAAUAUAACCAUUAAUGAUUGCUAGAAGUUAUGAAAUUCUUUAGAAAAUGGAAUAAUUUCAGAUUUUAAAACCAAAUGAUCUACCAAAUUGUUGGACUAUAAUAAGGCUAAGUUAAUAAUUAGAUACAAAGCAAUAUGUCUAGAGGUAGGUGGUUAGGCCACCAUCUCGUUACAAUUUUAGUAAUUAUA